CUUUCCAUUGUCAAAAGAUGUGAGUUGGACAUUCAUUUCUCGACCACAAGCAUUCAUUGUCGUAUCCCUACCUUUUCUCGCAUCGUACUCUCAUCCCAGCAUCUCCAAUGGACGACAAGAAGAAAGGCCGACUCAGCGGCAAGCUGUUCGGCAAGAAAGACAAGGAGCCCGCGGGCGCCAGCGAGUACCGCACGUCGAGCAACAGCAACAUGGCCGACUCGGCGUACGCGAGCAGCGAGGGCGAGAGGAAGCCCUACUCCCCCGGCGCCGACACCAUGCCCAUGGAGAACACCGGGCAGUUCCAGGGCGUCAGUUCGGAUCGCAGUCUGACGCUCAACAAGUCCACCGGCGAUGUCAUGGAUGAUGAUACGGGAGAGGUGGUGUCGACCGUGACGACGACCACUACUACCACAACGGUAUGCGUCUACGCCCCCUCAUACCUCUCCGUGUCGGACUAACGCUGCAUAGACGACCACGACCAAGAAAACGC